UGCCUGGUUUGGUCUGGCAUGCCCUGUUCUGUGUAUAUGCCUGCCUGCCUUGACGAUUGUUGUGAAGAAGAUGAUGAUAAUGAAGGCGAUUUAAUGAUGAUAAUGAUGUUGUUUGUUUGUUGUACCGAGAGCGAGCAGAGUAUGAGCUCUUCAGUCUGUUGUUUGCUGUUCAACGAGAGUGUUUGCAAUAUUUUUGAAACGCGGCAAAAAAUUGUAUAAAUUUUUUUGAAAACGAUAAAAGAAAACAAACUAAUAGUUACAACUACAACAAUAAAAUAAGCAAUAAAACUAUACAAUAGUUGUUGUUGACAACAAAAUACUAAAUAAUAAAAUAUUUUCGAAACAAAAACUAUUGAUUUUUUUCCAUUGUGCAAUCAAUUCAGAAAAACAAAAUCAACAACAUGUCGAGCGAUAACAACAAACCCGAUCAUUAUAAUAUCAAUGCCAAAAUAUGUCGUCUAGUGGAGCAGUAUCCCUGUAUGUACGAUCGUUCUCAUCCUCACUACUUGAAGAAAGAUGUUGUUGAUCAGGCCUGGAUUAAAAUCUCCAAAGAAAUGAAUGAUUCUAUUUCCUCCUGCAAGGAACGUUGGCGCAACAUACGCACCUCUUAUGCACGCUCGAUUAAUGUCAAUAAGAUACCAGCCAGUGCCAAUCGUACCAAACCCUAUUAUCUACAUGAAGAGCUACAAUUUCUCUCCGCACACAUAACACCCGGUAUUCCAGUAUCACGUAGAUCAGCAUCCAAUUCCUAUAACGGCACAAAUCCCUACUACACUUCACCGCUCAGUGAAAAGGGUGAUAUACCCAAAGUAUCGCUGUGUGAUGAAUCUAUUGAUAGUUAUGCCGCCGCUAUGCAGGAAGAUAUGGAAGAUAAAUCUCAAUAUAAUCAAGAGGAACGUAGUAGCAGUGUGGCCAGUGAGGCUACCUCGAAAAAUACCCAAGAAAUGGAGCAAGAUUUACAGCAAAUGGAAACGUCAGUGGGACAACAACAGUCUUCGCAAUUACAGCAGGCAUCACCACAAAUGUUGCCAGCGGAUGAGCAAGACAAUGAAGAACCUGAAUUCCAUCCACCUGUGGUACAAAUUGAAGAAGAAAAUACAGAAUUGCCCCUGCAAAUAAGUAGAAGAGAUUCUAUUAAUUAUGCCUGUGCACCGCCCAAAAAGAGAUUAAGAGUUAAGGAUAAUUGCUAUGCCUCGGAUAAUUUUAUCGAUACCAAGCCCUUGGACUUAUUACCUCAACAUGACUAUGAUGGCAUUUUCCUGCAAGGUUUAUUACCCGAAAUGAAAGCCAUGGAUUUCCGACAAAAGAUCAUAUUCAAAAGACGUAUUUAUGAGGUCUUGGGAGAAAUAUUUGAUAAUUCCUCACAAGCUUCUUCCACCACCAGCACUCACAAUCAAAUACACUCUAACGUUAAUAACCCAACAUCCUCCACCUCCUCUUCUGCUGCGUCUCCACUACAUGGAGUAAAUACCACUGAAUUAAAUAUCUUACGCAGAUUAAGUAAUCUACUACAAGAACCAACUUCUAAUAGUGUCAAUAACUCCACUCCCGCCAGAUCGGCUAGUAUUUCUUCUACCGUGAAUUCCUCUCCCGCCACACCUUCCCUUGUUACUGCAGCACCAGUAGCGAAGAUAGGAGCUACUACUCGAUCAUCUGGCAGCAUGACCCGUGGACGUUUGGCUAAUGUGAUGAUACCUUCGCAAAAUGUCAAAGAAGAACCCGAGGGUAAUUGACGAUUUUCGAAUAGAUUGAUAGAUUUGUUGUAGUAGUUUGAAAUUGUGUAAAUAUGUACAUUUUAAGUUUAGUUUUGUAAUAUUGAAUUUCAGAAAAACGGAGAAAUAAUUUGCAGUCAUUAGUUUGUAAGUAAUUUGUAAUGUUUUUUUUAAUAAAAUAGUACAAUCACUGAAAUAAAUUUAAGAAUUACUUAAGAAAUCAAGAAGAGUUUAUAAGGAUCUAAAGAAACAUCUGUAUUCAGAUCGCAGUUCGUAAUUUGACUAACAACUUGCA